GAGUACUGCGAGCUAUUCCCCAUAAACAAUGACAUGGUGUAUAUAUAUUGUAGUGGAUGUGGGUGUGGAUGUACUAGUACUUGUAGUCGUGGUUGUUGUUGUUGUUGUAGUCGUAGUUGUUGUUGUACUUGUAGUUGUAGUAGAUGUGUUGAAGUAAAAAAACUCUUCGAUUUUUUCUGAAAAAUUAUUCUCUAUAACACCACCCAAAAUGCAUAUCCUUCUAACCAAUGAUGAUGGCCCUUUAAAUGAUAAGGCUAGUCCCUAUAUCAAGUACUUAGUUGACGAGAUCAACUCUUCUACCGACUGGAAGUUAUCUAUUGUAGUUCCAAAUCAACAAAGAUCUUGGAUUGGUAAAGCUCAUUUCGCUGGUAAAUCUUUAACUCCUUCCUAUAUCUAUACCAAUGAUUCUACCGCUACUCCAAAUCAACAAGUAAAUGCUUUUGAUGGUCCUUUCACCAACCCCCAACCCCAACUUAAAUCUAGUCAAGAAUGGUGUCUUGUUGACUCUACUCCAGCUGCUUGCGCUGAUUUGGGAAUUUACCAUUUGAAUUCUUUUGACCAACCAAUUGAUUUAGUAAUUAGUGGUCCUAAUUUAGGUAAAAAUGCAAGUAGAUUAUAUAUUUUGUCAAGUGGUACCGUGGGGGCAAGUUUAGAAGCGGCCACUCAUGGAUAUAAAUCGAUUUCCUUAUCUUACGAAUAUUAUAAUUUAAAUCAUGAUUAUAAUUUAUUAAAAGAAGCAGCUAAAAUAUCGGUUAAGUUAAUUAACAAAUUAUAUAAUAAUUGGGAUUCAAAUACUGACAUCUAUUCAAUUAACGUUCCAUUGGUUCAAGAUCUUCAAUUAGGUAAAACUAAAAUAGAAUUUGCUCCGAUUUAUAAUAAUUGUUGGAAUUCAAUUUAUCAACCUCAUAUUGAUGAAGUUACCGGGCAAACUCAUUAUAAUUGGAAUCCAGAUUUCAAAAAAGUUUAUAAAGACGGUCUUUUGGAUCUUGAGCAUUCCGAUAAUCGAGUUUUAAUAAAUAAAGGCGUUAGUGUCACUCCUUUAAAAGCUUCAUUCCAAUCUGCUUUACCUUCAAAUGGUGAAAUUAUCCUCGAUGACAAGGAAGAACUCGAUAAUAUUUUUCUCAUCACUAUAAAUGAAAAUGAAUACAUUUACAAACCUUUGGUGGAGGCUUUCAAGAACUAUUCUAAUUUUAAAAUUGUCACUGAUAAAUCCAUCUUAACAAAAUUAAAUUCUGAUAAUAAUAUAAAAAUAUUCCAUUACGGUGAUUAUGAAGAUAUUGAUAUUGAUUUUCUUCAAUCAAAACCAAAUCAAUAUUUUAUACCUUCAUAUAUUUAUCGUAAAGCAUUAAUUAGAAAACAUUUUUUAGCAAAUACAAUCCAUCAUUUCACGGUUAAAAAUCCAGAAUCUGCUUUGAAAAAUGCAGUUCCAAAUUCUUACCAAUUAGAAGUUGAUUAUGCUGAAUUUUUAGAUGAUGCUUUAGACGACGCUUACGAAUUACGGGAUGAAAUUGAAAAUACCAAUAAAACCUGGAUUUUAAAACCAAGUAUGUCUGAUAAAGGUCAAGGAAUAAGAUUAUUUAAUACUAUUGACCAACUACAAUCAAUUUUUGACUCUUUUGAAGGAGAUGAGGAAGAUGAAGAAGAAGAAAAUGAUGAUAAAAAUGGAGUUAUAAUAAGUCAAUUACGUCAUUUUAUUGUCCAAGAAUAUCAGACCAACCCUCUUUUAUUAUCAGGUUAUGAUUUCAAAAAAUUCCAUUUAAGAACUUACGUUGUUUGUGUUGGAAAUUUAAAAGUUUACGUUUAUAAAAACAUUUUAACUUUAUUUUCAGAUUCAUCAUUCGAGAAACCUUUAGCCAAUGAAAAUGAAAUCAAAUUAGAUGGCCAUUUAACCAACACUUGUUUACAAGAAUCAGUGCAUCCAUUAGUUGUACCAUUUUGGAAAUUAGCUGGGUUUGAUAAACAAGAUACCGUCUACGAUAAGAUCCGAACCAUCACUGGAGAGUUAUUCCGUGCCGCCACUAGCGUUGACAAGAUCAAUUUCCAACCAUUAGCAAAUGCCGUUGAAAUAUAUGGAGUUGAUUUCUUGGUCAAUGAUGAUUUGGAAGUGAAAUUAUUAGAGGUGAAUGCAUAUCCUGAUUUCAAGCAAACCGGGGAUGAUUUGAAAGAUCUUAUUUUUGAAUUGUUUGAUCGGGUUGUAAACGAAGCCGUUCUUCCUUUGGUGACUAAUGAGGAGAAGCACACAACUGAAAGUAAUUUAGACUUGGUAUACCUGUAUGAGUAAUAAGAUGAACGGGAAAUAGAUAGUAGAGAAUAUCAAAACAUAAGUAGUAUAGAAUAUUAGAACAUAAGAAGUACAGAGUAUUAGAACAUAAGUAGAGUAACUGAUUAUAAGUAGAAUAUAAGUAAAAUACAAG